CAGAGGCAGAAUGGACUCACCGUUGGAGAACUUGGAAACCCAACUCGAGCUGUUUAUCGAGAACGUGCGGCAGAUACGCAUCAUCGUUAGCGAUUUUCAGCCGCAGGGCCAGAACGUGCUGAACCAGAAAAUCCAAUCGCUCGUGACGAUGCUGCAGCAGAUCGACAAGCUCAAGACGCAGAUCGACGUGAACGUCCCGUUGGAAGUUUUCGACUACAUCGACCAGGGCCGCAACCCGCAGCUCUACACCAAGGACUGCAUCGACAAGGCGCUGACGAAGAACGAGGAAGUGAAGGGCAAAAUCGACUCGUACCGCAAGUUCAAGAGCAAUCUGAUGAAGGAGCUCAGCGAAACGUUCCCGAUCGAGAUCAGCAAGUACAAGGCGAUCCGUGGGGACGAGUAACCGGUCUGGAGAUGAAUGAUGCUGCAUCUCAGGACGGCUCCGGUGUGGCCGCUUCGUGGGACGUAACGUUUUUCUUUAGGAUAUAAGCGGAAAUAUUAGGGCGGGAAGAAGGAAGGGAUUGAAUAGUGCCGGAGAUCGUCGCACCCCGGAGGGAAGGGAAUACAAAGACAAAUCUUUUAAUAAAUCUGUAAAUCAUCCCGAUCUUGA